AUGGAUGGCGCCACUUUAACACAGUAUGUUUUCGAUGCUACGGACACACUUAUUUCCAGACUGAAUAAGACAUGGAAAAGCACCUUGGAUUCAGCGCUUGCCUUGCUCAAGGAACUGCACGUCCAUGAGAGCUCGUCCAAGCAAUGGCGGCAGGUUUCGCCGGGCCGCGAUGGGACCGCGCCUGAAGAUGUGCCAGAGAGUGUCCAGCUUGCUGUGGCACGGCGGCGCAUAAGAAGUGUCGAUGUAUUUCGUGCGACAUGGGCGGGCCCAAAUGGCAUAGACAGCGAUGUUGAUCCAGACAUACAAUCCGGUGCAAAUGGCGCGGGAGCCGAUGCACACGCCGGCGCCGACAUAGGGUCCCUCUUGGCUUUACUAUCAUCCCAAGAACUUUUGGCUGAAUGGUUUCCACAGAUCGAAAGCUCAGAAGUACUAGAGACGCUGGGACUCAACACUUGCCUGUGCAAAACGCGCUUCAAGCUAGGGUGGCCCGCAAGCCCACGCGAUGCUGUGCUGCUUACACACACCGUACAUGACCAUGUCCGUGUGUUACAUGUUGCGACAUCUGUUCCUCGUGCAUCAGAUGCACCCUCUUAUCUUCGGCCAUCGCCGCCAUACGUGCGUGCGCACGUACAUAUCCUAGCACUAUUUGCCCAGAAGGUAAGCCUGGGCCGCAUAGCAGUUACUGCGUAUUGGGCGGUGGAUGCGCGAGGCUCUGUACUAGGAGUACGGCCUAAUGCAAUGACGUCCUCAUUUCCGCGGCUACUCCCAGCAUAUGUACGGACUGCCAAGAGGAUCGGUACGCAGAUCCCAUACGUUGCUGGAUAUGGACGAGGUAUCGAGAUCACAUCUUUGCGCGCAACGCCGGCGUUGCGCUUAGAGUAUUCGGUCAUGGAUGAUGACGAACUGCCUCCGCACAGCGAAUUCUUCUCCGACGCGCACAGGGAAACCACACCGCGGAGCAUUCGGAUCUGCCUAUCGACGCAACACAGCUGGGACGUAAAUAUCCAGGCCGAGUCCACCGGCAAUGUGCAUGCAAAGUUCACAUACACACUUGAGCGCGUGGAUGACAAAUGGAACGAGCUGUGUAUUCGUCAUGCCGAGCUGGAAGAUCCGAAUGCCGUGGUUCGGACAUUGCUAGAAUCGAAGAAAUCCGAUGACACUUUGAGGCGCAGUGUCGGAUCUGAGGCAGACUCGGAAACAUCAGAAACAACAAAUAUCUCCGUCAAGGAUGGUGCUGCUUCGACAACCGUGAUUGUCAAUGGUUCAGCAGUGAGGGCAAUCUCGAGUGAGGCGGGUUCUAGUCAUACAGUCAUAAUGCCGAACAAAUUCCUGGAGCAACUCGCGCAGGCAGAUCUCAAGUCGCCAAGCCUCAGUACGGCAUCCGAGCUAGGUCAUCGUUCAUCUGUGUUAUCUUUGAACACCUCCUUGCAUGGUGCAAGCUUACCGCCACUGGCUGCCACUGUCCGGCGCAACUACGUGUAUUUUACAUCUCUGCUACAGGAACCAGAAGCCAAGUGGAAACGCGUCUGUGAUACGCGCGGCGUCACCGUGACACAACUUGACUCGAUUGAUCCGACGCUCGUCGUGUACCGGGCCGAGGCCACGUUCGUCGGCCUUUCUGUUUGGGACUUGUUCAGUACACUCUCUUCUCCAUCUCUUGCGAAGCUUUGGUGCCCUAGCAUGCAAGGUGCUGACCUCUUGCAGGAUUUGGGUGGGCAAAGCAGUGUAUGGCAUACCCGCUAUGCGCCAUCGUGGCCUGUUAUGGCCCGAGACGCGACGCUCGUGCAGACAUCUUACAAGUCACCCUCGUCCAUCCAUGUAUUUUCUUUCUCGGCUGACGAGCAUCUCGUGGAGCCUUUGGCAUUGCCUGCACCAACUUCUAGCACGAUCCGCAUGCACGUGGACUUGUAUGGCUGGAGUAUUGAAGCCUUGUCACCGACCACUGUGCAUGUGACGCUUAUUGAACAGAGUGAUCCACGCGGAUGGCUUUCGAAGACACGUGUCCCAUCGCAGAUGAUCACUGCCAUGGCUGGUGCCGGCGAUUAUGCGCUGCGCCAAGGCCCCCCACCUUGCACGACGCGUCUUCUGAAUGCUCGUGCGCAAAAGCUCGAAUACGAUGCUGACACAUCAACCUAUCACUUGGAAUACGGAGUUGCGCGUGAUGGCUCCGCUGAACCCGUGACACAUACAGAGUGUGUGUUGUGGUGCAAUAUGGAGGUUUGGUCGCCGAACAUAGACGUGAGAGUGACACCGGCGCCGGCGUCUGUCUCUUGCCUCCGACGCCACCGACUCGCUGGUGGUGGCGGCCUUUGGCUCACGAUUGAGCACUUAGCUGAUGAUGCGCAGAGAGAAGCCGUCUCAAUCGUCGUCCGCAAGGGCCCUUCUCAGUCCACAGAGCGCGGCGUCGUCUUGCUGAAUGGAAUGCGUGUGCGCGUCGAUACGGAGGGACUCAAUCCUGCGCAGCUGCAUGCACUGGCACAUAAAAAACGAUCCAAGCCGCGUCGUGUACCAUUAGAUUGGAUGUACCAAGGCCUCAGUCCCAAGUCGAAGAGCGCGGCAGCAACGUUGAGCAACGACACUGCCACAGCUGCUCAUGCGGAUGCUAUGUCAGAUGCCGACACAAGUGCUGAUGCUGACUCCGUUCUUGCUAGCCGGCGUGCCCGUGCAGGUCAUAUGCCCUCAGACAUACCGGAACGUGUCCCAAUCGAUACAGAUGGUGUGGAGACACCGGAUACUGAAUUCAAGCCAGAGGCCUCUGAACAUGGCAUUGCUCUAGAUCCCAAAGCUGGCGAAGGUUCUGCGCGCAACUCUGAUAUCAAGUCGAAGACGACCCGGUCUGCCUCCAGCUCAGCCUCUCAGUCUCGAUCUCGUUCACAGCCUCAGUCGAAACUAUUAUCAGAAUCGCCAUCACAGUCUCAGUCCCAAGCUCCGACGGAUUCCAUCGCUGAAACCAAAGAGGGGCCAGAAUUGACAGUCCCAGCCAUGCAUGCGGCUCUCCAGGCGUUGACACUUCUUCGGCACAUCCACUCUGAGCGACAUCCCAACCCUGCUGGGCCACAAGCGAACUGGUCAUUUGUUUCGGAGAAGCACGGCUUGUACAUUCAUCGGCGAAUGAUCGAGAGUGUAUCAGCGAAAGUCAUGGUGUACAGGACCGAUAAGAUCAUACAGGGCGUCGCAGCUGACGAACUUCUGCCCCUCGUAACAUAUCCGAGCGUCCGGUGUGCCUGGGACGAGAACUGGGCAUCAAGCCGUUUGCUCGAGAGCUUUGGAAGUGGCGCCUCGACGUCGCUAUGGACAUCGAAAGGUAGUUUUCCAUUCUCUCCGCGCAUGUUCAUCGUCUCUAGCAUGUCAGCACACAGCAGCGGUAGCGGCGGCCGCAGUGAUGAUGCCACCUCCAUCGACACGUCGUCAACCGUGACUCACCAACCCGUGUAUUUUCAUGCAUCAGCAUCAAGUGACGCUUCUCGCUGGGAUUUGAAAGCUUUGCUCCCCGCGUCGCUGCCGACAGGCACUGUGCUUCUGGAUGGCUGGAUCUUUGAGAACGUGGAUCCUUACAGCAUGGAACAGUAUGCGAUCCCCAGUACGCGCUGUAUUCAUGUUAUGGCGAUCGAUUACGGUGGCGUGCCGAGCGGGAUCAACACACUAUGGAAUGCGUCACUCGCGCAAGCUGUUCUCCAACUUGAGCGUUGUAUCAAGAGUUACGGUCCAUUUCCUUCUGUUCGCACGCCACCUCGAUGCUUGUUUGUCUGUGGUGAUGGUCGUCAAGAUGACCAGGACCAUGUUUGGGUACUUCGACGUAGUCGACGUGCAUCGACACUCAUUAUGAGCGACUUUGACCGUACCUCACGCACAUGGCAAGUGCUCUUAUAUGUCCGGAACACAUCAUCUUCCAUCGUUGCCGGCACCGGUGAUAAGAACCAAUUAAUAAAUACCCCGGCUUUAGACAACAAAUGUACGGACAUCUCGACGGCAGCUGCAUCGGUGACAACACCAUCUACGGUUUCAAGCCUGCCUGCAACGGCCACCGCAACAUCCACUCCGCACCGACCCGUAUCCCCUUCUACCCAGCGUUUGUCGUCGCGGUCUUCAGCGUUCUUUCCCAAACGCACAUCUUCCAAAGAGCCCACGCCUAUCGCCGAUGUCCAGGUGGAGCUGCAGCAUUAUCCACUGGGCUAUGCUGUUCAAAUCCUUUGGUGCGAAACAUCAGACACGUGCGAUUUAACCACCCGACCAGACAAGGUUCCGAACGAGUCGUUGCCUGUUGAGGUCCAAAUAUUUGAUGUCCCGCCAAGUGCUCUGCAGGCUGCAACGCAUGCGCCUGACGAGAGGUCACAUCGUCACUGCGUGCGAGUCACUCUUCCUUCUUCUGCGCCUGAACAUGUGCGCAUGAAAUCUGCUCUUGUUUGUCUAGUAAUCUCGCCUCUAGGCUCGCAUGGUCAAGACGUAUCAUCUACACCGGCGCUGAGGACGCCAGCCAUGACUAGUUCUACAGCCGCCGCCGCCGCAGCUCCAGCUCCAGCCUCAUCCUCAACUGCGGUAUCGCCAAUGACCUCUCCACACGUUCCUGUAACUGUCAAUGGCCGUGUAGCGGAGAUCAUAUACGGACACGAAGCUGCACGCGAUGCCCUGGACGUUGAUGAAGACCAACUCGAGUAUAUUCGAAGAGAUGAGUCCAUUGUUUCUCGCUCAGGAUGUAUUCAUGAUGUUGGGCAGAGUGUUUUUAGCGUGCCUGUUGCCUCAAUAACUGCUCAACCACCCGCGACCAAGCCAGUUGACGCAGUGCCUGCGCCAAAAGUGGAAGCGGAUAUCUCGCUAUCAUACAAUGAGCUCACUGAAAUACCGAGUCCGCAGUCUGGGGCAAACACAUCUUCUCUUUUUGGCAUCUUCCGUCCACAGUACAGGAAUCGAAUCUACGACGGGUUUGUUUCUCUCUUUACGGGCCAGCAAAAAAACCAGACAACGACGUCGAAUGCUUCUUCUACGUCCGCCAAAAGUUCAGACCAAACUUCAAAGAUGCAUAGCCAACAGCGAAAACAACAACAACAGCAGCAGGAACAACAACAGCACCAACACCAACAACAGCAACUGGGAUCAUCUUCACUCUCUGGAUUGCAAGCAUCAGAGCGCACGGUUCGUCAACAAGCAAGGCGCUUCCGCUUGUCAACUCUGAUACUUUUUGUGAUCAUUUCAUUUUUAUUAGGCUCAUUGACACGCGCAUUUGUGCAGCCAGCGGACUAUGUCUUGGUGCCAUACACUAGUGACAGGCAAGUGCCUGCAGCGCCGCAUCGUCCCGUAACAGACGCUUCCAAGGAGGGAAGUAGCAGCGAGUCAGUGCGCGUGAUUGAUCUAGCCGCUCGAGAGAUCGACAAUUUUGUUCGUGCGGCUCGACAGCUCCAUACUUUUGCCCGUUUUGGAUCCACUGAAACGGUUCCUAGCGAGUCUGCAACCCAAUCUGACUCAAUGCCAGACUAUACUGGUCUCGUGCAAUGGCGCGAAAUGCACAAAUUCCUCGAUAUUUAUCUUCCUGGCCUUCCUUGGCGUCUAGUGGUGGGCCUGGCCGGUGUGUAG